UUGACUUUCCAAGAAGUAAGAAGAAGCACUAUGUGAUUCUUCCCGCCCUUUACUUGGUUGCGCAAGAGGGAAAGGGAAAAACAAAACAACAGCGAUACUCUGAACGAAAGAGAGAAAGAAGGAAAGAGAGAUGUGUGGAAGAGCACGGUGUACUCUAAGAGGCGAUGAUGUAGCAAGGGCUUGUCACCGCACCCUUCCCGCUACUCGUUCUCUCCAUAUGGACCGGUAUAGGCCAUCCUAUAAUGUGUCGCCGGGAUUCAACCUGCCGGUAGUUCGUAGGGAAGAUGCGUCUAACAGUGAAGGCCAUGUUCUUCAUUGCAUGAAAUGGGGUUUAGUCCCCAGUUUUACAAAAAAGACAGAGAGGCCUGAUCACUACAAGAUGUUUAAUGCUCGAUCUGAGUCCUUAAAUGAAAAAGCUUCAUUUCGCCGUCUGCUUCCUAAAAACAGAUGCCUUGUAGCAUUAGAAGGAUUUUACGAGUGGAAAAAGGAUGGUUCAAGAAAACAGCCAUACUAUAUUCACUUCAAAGAUGGACGACCACUUGUCUUCGCUGCUCUUUAUGACUCUUGGCAGGAUUCUGAAGGUGAAAUACUAUACACAUUUACUAUUAUUACAACCUCUUCCUCUCCAGCUCUUCAGUGGCUUCAUGACAGGAUGCCUGUUAUUUUUUGUGACAAGGAAUCAACUGAUGCCUGGCUAAGCGGCUCUACUUCCAGUUUUAAGAAUUUGCUGAAGCCAUAUGAGGAAUCUGAUCUGGUUUGGUACCCAGUGACGCCUGCAAUGGGCAAGCCAUCAUUUGAUGGACCUGAGUGCAUAAAGGAGAUUCAAGUAAAGGCGGAAGGUAACACUUUGAUCUCUAAGUUCUUCUCAAGAAAGGGAUCUGAAAAUGAAGAGACAAAGCCAGAGCAGAAAAUAGUGCCAAGUCAAGGAUUUAUCAAGAGUGAAAAACAGCCAGAGGAAGCCAAAAAAACUGAGGUAGGAGACAGUGACUUCAAAUCUUCUCAAGAUGCUACGAAGGUCCCAACCAAGCGCGAUUAUGAGGCUUCUUCAGGUGAAUCAAAGCCAGCUUUGGCUAACAAAGAUGUUGUGAGUCCAAACCCUGCAAAGAAAAGGGAAAAGGCAAAGACUAAUGCUGCUGAUGAUAAACAACCGAACUUAUUUUCCUACUUCGGAAAAAGAUAAUCAGUUAUGAAGGAUUGGCUUGAACGACAAGAUUUUGCCAUGUUAUGCUGGUUAUUGGUGUAAAUUAUGUAAUGUAGAUGCAUUUUGUUUUAGUUCUCCAUAGAGAGAGGUCAUGCUUUAUCCAAUGCAUUUUACUCUACGCUAACCCGCUCAAGUCUUGUGGGAAGGACUCACUUUCCCAUCGAUCAUGGAUCGUGUACACCAUCUUAAUAUAACAAUGCUUGUUAACCGUGCAACCUUUUCUAUUAGUUUCUGAACUCGAUAUAAUUUAUUUUAUUUUUUUAUAUAUAAACUGUAUUGCUUUCUU